GCACAUACUGUUGUUUUUAAAUAACUAGAAAGUGAGUAAAUCCUGUUCAGAAGCCAUAAUUAAUGGUGCAAUGAUCGAAUCCAAUGUGAGUCAGAGUUGCGCGUGGUGCACCGGAGGAGGUGACGGAACCAGCGAGCACUUGGAUCUGAAUCACUCAGCGCACACUCUGAGUCCGACGGGACACUUGGUGGUUGCGGUGUGCCUCGGAUUCAUCGGAACUUUUGGGUUUCUCAACAACACGCUGGUUCUGAUUCUGUUCUGUCGCUACAAAGUGCUGCGCUCGCCCAUGAACUGUCUUCUGGUGAGCAUCUCGGUGAGUGAUCUGCUGGUGUGUGUCGUCGGCACUCCGUUUAGCUUUGCCGCCAGCACGCAGGGACGGUGGCUCAUCGGUCGCGCGGGGUGCGUGUGGUAUGGCUUCGUCAAUUCAUUCCUGGGCAUUGUGUCUCUUAUCUCCCUGGCAGUGCUCUCUUUUGAGCGCUACUGCACUAUGAUGGGGACCACGCAGGCCGACUCUACCAAUUACAGAAAGGUAGCCAUGGGUAUUGCCUUUUCCUGGAUGUAUUCCAUGGUUUGGUCUCUUCCUCCACUGUUUGGAUGGAGCCGCUACGGUCCUGAGGGCCCCGGCACCACCUGCAGCGUCAACUGGGAUGCCAAGACGGCCAACAAUGUGUCUUACAUCGUCUGUCUCUUUUUUUUUUGCCUUAUUCUUCCCUUCAUCGUGAUUGUCUACAGCUAUGGCAGACUACUUCAGGCUAUUACACAGGUGAGCAGGAUCAGUACGGUUGUGAGUCGUAAACGGGAGCAGCGAGUUCUCUUCAUGGUGGUCACCAUGGUGGUGUGUUACCUGCUUUGCUGGAUGCCCUAUGGGAUUAUGGCCCUGCUUGCCACGUUUGGGAAGCCUGGUCUGGUGACUCCAGCAGCCAGCAUCGUUCCCUCUGUCUUAGCCAAGACCAGCACCGUCAUAAAUCCUAUAAUCUACAUCUUCAUGAACAAACAGUUUUGCAGAUGUUUCCAUGCCCUCAUCAUGUGCACGACUCCAGAGAGAGGCUCCAGCUUUAAAAACUCCUCCAAAGUCACCAAAACUCUCAGGACGGUGCGACGUGCCAAUGGCCAGAACAUGACCUUUUCAGUGGCCUCAGUUGGCCCCCCUACUAUCUAUGCUCCACACAGCGGCAGGCAGAGAACUUCCUCAGAGGGUGAAGGACCCUCUCCUGUUGUAGGCCAAAUGCCCAGCAAACAUGUUGUCUCUCUUGUGGCCUAUUACAAUGCCUGAACUUGUACAGUCAAGCAAAUAUUACAAAACCCAUUCUAUUACAGAGAAUUUAAAAGUGACAUACAGGUCACGGUGAACAACGGACAGAAAAAAGAAAUGAGAUCGGGGAAGUAGGCGUGGUCUGCUGAGGACUGAGGAACUGGGACAUAGCCCUUUUUGGAGAUCAUAUGUCAUGUUGCAUGCAUGACCUUUUGUGGGAAAGACAGGAUAUUGAAUAUGAACAGAUGCAGACAAAGACGACACUUCUAAAUUGGUUAAAGCAGAAAAAGUAUUAAAACAUGCACAUGGAUCUAAGUUUCUUAUUUGUCAAGUUUCGGAUGUACACUUGAAGUCAGAAGUUUACAUACACCUUAGCCAAAUACAUUUAAACUCAGUUUUUCACAAAUCCUGACACAGAAAACGUUCCCUGUCUUAGGUCAGUUAGGAAUUAAUACUUUAUUUUAAGAAUAUAAAAUGUCAGAAUAAUAGUAGAGAGAAUGAUAUGACCCAGUGGGUCAGAAGUUUACAUACACUUUGUUAGUAUUUGGUAGCAUUGCCUUUAAAUUGUUUAACUUGGGUCAAAUGUUUUGGGUAACCUUCCACAAGUUUCUCACAAUAAGUUGCUGGAAUUUUGGCCCAUUCCUCCAGACAGAACAGGUGUAACUGAAUCAGGUUUGUAGUCCUGCUGGCUCGCGUAUGCUUUUUCAAUUAUGCCCACAAAUUUUCUAUGGGUUUGAGGUCAGGGCUUUGUGAUGGCCACUCCAAUACCUUGACUUUGUUGUCCUAAAGCCAUUUUGCCACAACUUUGGAGGUAUGCUUGGGGUCAUUGUCCAUUUGGAAGACCCAUUUGCAACUGAGAUUUAACCACCUGUCUUGAGAUAUUGAUUCAAUAUAUUGACACAAUUUUCCUUUCUCAUGAUGCCAUUUAUUUUGUGAAGUGCAGAGUUCCUCCUGCAGCAAAGCACGCCCACCACAUGAUGCUGCCACCCCAAUAUUUGUGGUUGGGAUGUUGUUCUUCGACAUGCAAGCCUCACCUUUUUCUUCAAAUAUAAUGAUGGUCAUUAUGGCCAAAAAGUUACAUUUUUGUUUCAUCAGACCAGAGGACAUUUCUCUAAAAAGUAAGAUCGUUGUCCCCAAGUGCACUUGCAAACUGUAGACUGGCUUUUUUAUGGCGUUUUGGAGCAGUGGCUUCUUCCUUGCUGAGCAGCCUUUCAGGUUAUGUCAAUAUAAGACUGAUUUUACUGUGGAUAUAGAUACUUGUCUACCUGUUUCCUCCAGCAUCUUCACAAGGUCCUUUGCUGUUGUUCUGGGAUAGAUUUGCACUUUUCACACCAAACUACUUCAUCUCUAGGAGACAGAAUGCAUCUCCUUCCUGAGCAGUAUGAUGGUGUUUAUACUUGUGUACUAUAGUUUGUAGAGACGAACGUCGUACCUUCAGGCAUUUGAAAAUUGAUCCCCAGAAUGAACCAGACUUCUGGAGGUCCACAAUUUUUUUCUAAGGUCUUGGCUGAUUUCUUUUGAUUUUCCCAUGAUGUCAAGCAAAGAGGCGCUGAGUUUGAAGAUAGGCCUUAAAAUACAUCCACAUGUACAUGUCCAGUUGACUUCAUUUAGCCUAUCAGAAGCUAAUUGUCUAAUUGUAAAGGCUUGACAUAAUUUCCUUGAAUUUUCCAAGCUGCUUAAAGCCACAGUUAACUUAGUAUGUAAACUUCUGACCCACUGGAAUUGUGAUAUAGUCAAUUCAAGUCAAGUCAAUAAAAGUGAAACAUUCUGUCUGUUAACAAUUGUUGGAAAAAUUACUUGCAUCAAGCACAAAGUAGAUGUCCUAAACCACUUGCCAAAACUAUUGUAUGCUAAUAUGAAAUCUGUAGGGUGGUUAAAAAAUGAGUUUUAAUGAUUUCAACCUGUGUGUAUGUAAACUUCUGACUUCAACUGUAAAUCUGCCAAUGAGUUUGGUGAGGUCUGUUUAUAUUUGAAACUAAGCAUGAGCCUGUUUUUUUUUCACCAAUAUUAUAACAUGGCCAUUUUCUUCUUGAGUUGCCUUACAUGGUUUAACAACCACUGUAGCACAGUUUGUUUAAAUUGAUGCUAUUCUUGCAGUCUAAUGGUCUCAUAAUUCUGCUCAUCAUGUGGACAUUACAAGUACAAUACAGUAACCACACAAAACCUUUUUGACAGGGGAUAUUUUUACAAUGCUUUUGAAAUUUAAAGGGGUCAUACGAAGAAACAUCGAAAGUCCUAUUUUUGACUCUUACUAGAUUUUGUUAUGGCUUAUCUUAAGCUUUUCUUAUUGUCAGUGAAAGAAGAAUAUUUUUUAAAGUGUGAUAUGAUCAUUUUAUUGAUUGAUUGAUUGAUUGAUUGAUUGAUUGAUUGAUUGAUUGAUUGAUUGAUUUCAAUGUCAUAACAUUUUUCCUUCUUAUGCAAGUACACAUAUUACAUACAACAGCACCUACUAAGUUGCACUAGAAAUUCUGUAAUGUUUAAAUAAUUAUUAAAAAAUAAAUGCUGAUAUAUAUUUGCAUUUUAGCAUUAAACUAAAAUGUUCAUAAGGCUUUAUAAGUCUGGAUUGACAAUGAUCAUCACUUGGAAUGGAGGAUUACCCUCAUUAACACAUAUAAUGUAUUACUGAAUAGCACAUUUGUAAACACAAGCUUUCGGAUAAAAGGAACAACAGGUUUAUUUUUUACGAGAGUGGAUACGUGAAAUAAACUAAUUCAAUGUGAAAUCUAAUUUCACUUAUAAUGUUUAGUUUAUUGCAGGGUCAUUUGUAAAUUGUACAAAAAAGGGGGUGUGAAUUAACAUUAGUGAGUAUUUUUAUGAGAACUAUUUAUACUGUAGAUUGAGGGAUGAAGGGAUUUUAUGUGACCCAAUUUUUUAGCUUGUAAUAUAGAUUUGCAAUUCUGGUGAACAAUAAUACAAAGCUGAUGAUUUGCAAAAUGUUAAUUCAGUAAAUUAAGCAAGAAUGUUGUAUGCAGGCAGUGCCGUGCAUAUUGUUUCAGAAUACAUAUGGAAAUGCAGAAUAGCACAAUUUACAUUUAAAUGCAUAAAAAUGCAAAUUAACAGCACACAUUUUUUUCAUAAUUGCAUUUGAUCUAUUAUCUUUUGAGGAUUUUUCCCUUGCGUGGUACAUUAUUUAGAACAUUUAAUACGAUUUCUGAUCAUUAUGCUGUCUUUUAUUUUUAGAAAAUACACCUUGAAUUAGGUUUCUUACAUCGAUUUGUAAACCUCACUAAACUGUGUUGCCAAUGAGGUCAGAAAGGUGUAUUCAAACAUAUUAAUGUAUGUGUGUGUGUGUGUGUUGUGUGUGUGUGUGUGUGUGUGUGUGUGUGUGUGUGUGUGUGUGUGUGUGUGAGCGUGUAUUUAUCACUUUGUGGGGACCAAAUGUCCCCAUAAGGAUAGUAAAACCCGAAAUUUUUGACCUUGUGGGGACAUUUUGUCGGUCCCCAUGAGGAAAACAGCUUAUAAAUCAUACUAAAUUAUGUUUUUUGAAAAUGUAAAAAUGCAGAAAGUUUUCUGUGAGGGUUAGGUUUAGGGGUAGGGUUAGGUUUAGGGGAUAGAAUAUAAAGUUUGUACAGUAUAAAAACCAUUAUGUCUAUGGAAAGUCCCCAUAAAACAUGGAAACACAACAUGUGUGUGUGUGUGUGUGUGUGUGUGUGUGUGUGUGUGUGUGUGUGUGUGUGUGUGUGUUUGUGUUUGUGUUUGCAAGCAACCUUCAGUAUUAUGUAUUACCAAAGCAGGUUUUUGUUCCCCCCAAAUGUUAUUGCUAAUAAAAAUAUUUGU